UGAUUGGCUGUCGCACCAUCUCUCCUCCCCUUCGUUCAAACGUGCGUUGAAUGCAUAUGAAGGCGGGACCUCUCCCCUGCAAAGAGCCGGUGUCUCGCCUCUGCUGAGCGCCUGGAGCUGUGCGUUUAGGCGAUACCGUCUUUAUGCUUAGCUAUCAACAAAGCGCAAGAAAAGGAGCAGCCCCUCUCCCAUAUCUGGAUUUUUCUGUCUGAAAGGGAGGGGGGAUUUACUGACCCAUCACUGAAAAUAGAAGACCCGGGGGGCGCUGCAGACACUGCAUCCAAGUCCAUCUAAAGGUUAUCUUGGAACUGCUCCCUGUUCUGUAUCACAUCCCUCUGUUACUAUUCCCACAGGCCGAGGAGGCCACUAGCAACUCUAACCCCUCACUCCCACACAGUUGCUUCCUCCAUUCACACAGAGCACAAUGUUGGUGGGACAGGGGACCAGCAUUCUACCAACCAAAUGAGAAUUGUGGGGGAAAUCUGAAUCGUCCAUUUGUUUUCCAUCAGCACCAUGCUUGCUUGGAUUUAACUAGCUGCUAAAAUCCCUUCAUCUCCGCAAGAUACAGGAGAAGCAUCUUUAGCAUCUUCCCGGUGCCAAGUAUGGAGGCACUACAGCUGCCCGCUGCUCCCAGUUACAUGGACAUCUUGCUCCAAGGUGGGGGCAGAUUCAUGGAUGCCCUGAGAGAAUGUGAGGACUGUGGGUGGGAGUUGUCCUUGGCUACUCUGCAGAAACAUGCCAGCCUUACCUGGGCAGAGCUCCUAUGUCUGAUCACAGCCGCAUUGCUAUGGACUAGCUUAAGAAGUGCAACCACAAGGUGGAUCUUCCAGCCGUUUGCUCAUUGGUGUCAGCUGCACCCAAAAGAAGCCAGUAAGGUUCCGGAAAGUGCCUGGAAGCUCCUCUUCUACACCAUUUCUUGGUCCUACAGCUUUUACCUCCUGUUCUUCACUGAGUACAAUUUCUUCCAUGACCCUUCUUCUUCCUUUCAUGGUUGGAAGUCAGGAGUGCAGGUUCCCAGGGAUAUUGCCCUGGUGUAUCUCAUACAAGGUAGUUUCUAUGCACACUCCACAUAUGCCACCCUCUAUAUGGACUCAUGGAGGAAAGACUCUGUUGUCAUGAUUCUGCACCACCUGGUCACAUUCAUUCUUAUUACUUUCUCAUAUGCUUUCAGGUAUCACAACAUUGGAAUCCUUGUUCUCUUCCUCCAUGACAUUAAUGACAUACAGCUUGAAUUCACUAAGCUAAAUGUCUACUUUAAAACCAGGGGUGGGAAAUACCACAAAGUUAAUGACUUCAUUUCUGAUGCUGGCUGUGUGACAUUCGGCAUGAGCUGGUUCUGGUUCCGAUUGUUCUGGUUUCCUCAGAAAGUUCUCUAUGCUACCUGUUAUUCAAGCCUUGAGUCCAAUCCAAACAUCCCUUUUUAUUUCUUUUUUAACAGUCUGCUUUUUGUGUUGACACUGAUGAAUAUAUAUUGGUUUUUGUACAUUGUGAUGUUUGUCAUGAAAGUGUUAACAGGGCAAAUUCAAGAAGUCAAUGAUGUCAGAGAAUAUGAUGAUGGUGAGAAUCAAAACAUAGAAGUCCCUGCAAAAAACAAUAACAACCGACACAAGGACAAUCUUAGCAAUGGGCAAUCUAAUUCAAAUGGAUGUGUAAAGAAAAAGAGGAUUUAGAUGAGAAUUGAAUAACAACCCGCACGUCUCACAUUCAUUCCUUUUGUGGUUAGAACAUCGACCGAAGCAGUUUCAUCUCCACGUUAAGGCACGCAACACAAAACAUGUCAAAAUGAACUGAAUCACUUAGCUAAAACUUGGAUGUUUUUCUUCAUUUAUAUCUCUUACCUAGCUAAUGAAUUUAACACUAUCUACUAUGAAAACAUGAAAGCAGUACAGAUUCACUAAAGAUGCACUGCACUUUAUGUCAUGUCAAUUUCUUUUAUUGUCCUUGCUGUGGUUUCCCAUCUAGUGCUAUUGCUCAGCAAGUCUUGCUGUUCACAUGUACUUAAUAGGCAGUGUCAGCCGCCAGUGAGAGCGUGAGUCAGACAGCUGAUAGGGCUAAUACAUAGCGCAGUUAUGGAAAAAACUGAUUGAUGUGGUUUUGUAUUUGUAGCUCCAGGAUGCAGCCCCAUAGUAAUCAAUGGGUGGACUCAUUUCUAAUCAGAAAUGUGAUUGUAUAAUAGGGAUCACAGUUUAAUUUUUAUUGACUUGCACAAUAACCCAGGCCUGAAGCCAUGAGCAGCCCUCCUAGAUUUUUUCCAGAUAUAUACACAAUGAGGGGGUUCAGGGCAUUAACAGACUCAUAUUUCUAGAAUUAUCUAGACUUCUAGAAACUAAUGCAUUUUUAUCUCCAUACAUUUCUUUAGUAAUUCUGUGCCAUAAUCUUGGUUCCCAGAAGACUUUUCUAAUCAUUACCAGUGUUAUGUUUCCUAAGCGUAACUAAAUGAAUAAUCAUUUU